AUGCUGUCUUACUCAUUAGCCCAAUACCUCGACUAUGCUUGCAACAAGUCUCGGAAUGUCCUCAUCUAUUUGUACCAGAACAAGAACAAGCACAAGCACAAGCACAAGCACAAGCAGGCGGAUGCGAGAGCGGUACGCAUUGGCCUUAUCCUCCAGAUCGUUGACCGCCAUCGCUUGCUGGUUAAAUGCAUUCGUUCAGCGUUCGAAAAAGAAGAGUCAAGUAUCAUCCAGUCUUUCGCCUCGACCUGGCGUGUUUUUCUCAGAAUUACAAAGGAUCCCAAAACUGGAUAUCUCUGUGAUAUCAUAGACGCACUCGAUGAGUGUGAGAGGGCAUCAUGCCAUCAGUUGCUCGUCUCGAUAUCCGGCAUGCUCGCCGACUCUUCUCAAUCGAUGAAGAGUGCCAAAAAUGGGCUUCAAUCACAAAUAUCAAUCGACGAUGACCAGACUGGCGACAUUCAAGACCUUCAGGUCAUCCAAGAGAGAAUCAAUGAAAUUUCUCUCAAUGGACAAUUCUCAGACGAUAUCAAGAACUUUCUAUGUGAAGCGAUAACGUGUAAAGCCAAUCGAACUUUCCUAUGGAUUCGCCUCGUUCUUGCAUCGAUAGAGAAGAGCCUGGCCGAGAUAUAUCAUCGCUAUCUGACUGCCAUACCCUCAAUACUUCUUCUUGAUGAUUUCACAUACGAUUUCUUUCCAACAAAUGGCUCAUCUACUUUGGCCAUUGCAGAAGAAACAGAUCUCCCUGGCGAGCCAGAUCUGGGCGGGUUUGAAGGCGACUUUUGGGAUCAAGAAGACGUCUCGACUUGGCCAUGA